AUGAGCACGCAGAAAUCCGAGCUCGCAGUUCACCAACCCACCCCCAACGAACACCACGCUCACUUCGAGCAAAUCGCCGAGAACCGCAACGGAGAGCAGGCGGUCUCGCUCGAUACAGACCCGUACGCUGCGCCCAACGUCUACUAUGGCGCCAGCCACAAUCCUAGAAAGGUUGCAAAGAGCCGGACAUACUCUGCAGCACCUCUGCUGACAGCAAAACCCACGCAGAUCGAUCAUGCCUCGCGUAACACGAUAGCAACGAACUACAAGACGCCUGGAAGGCGCACCAGUCAUGAUGCCACGGGUAAUGCCCCACGCCGCUUCCUGAUCGAUGUCAAGGAUACUCUCAAGACUCUUCUCGAUCGUGAGGACACCGACGGCAAUGUGCAGAUCACUAUCGAGGACACCGGUCCAAAGACCAUUGAGCUGGGGACAGCUGCCUCUGGCGGCUAUCGUCGAUUCGAUGUUCGCGGCACGUAUAUGCUCAGCAAUCUUCUGCAGGAGCUCACAUUGGCCAAGAAGUUUGGUCGCAAGCAAAUUGUUCUUGACGAAUCUCGCUUGAACGAGAAUCCGGUCAAUCGACUCGCUCGCCUGAUCAAGGACCAAUUCUGGCCAAACUUGACAAGACGGAUCGAUGGGUCCAACAUUGCCACGGUCGCCAGAGAUCCCAAGGACUGGACAUCCGAUCCCCGACCACGUAUCUACAUUCCGGUUGGGGCCCCUGAACAGUUCCAGUACUACUCACGGAUCGCCCGAGAGCAUCCCAACAUGCGAUUGGACGUUCAAUGGCUGAAGGAGGGAGGCGCAGAUGAUGAUGAAUACGUACGUGAUCUCAACAAUGCUCCUGGCUUGCUCGCCGUGGCCAUGGAACGUGUCCAGGACACUCCGCAAGGCGAACCAGAUUUCAAGGGUCUGCCAUUCGUGGUUCCAGGCGGUCGUUUCAACGAGCUGUACGGCUGGGACAGCUACAUGGAGACUCUUGGACUUCUGAUCAACGGACGAUCGGACCUUUGCGUUGCGAUGGUCAAGCACUUCUGCUUCUGCAUUCGACACUAUGGAAAGAUUCUCAACGCCAAUCGCUCAUACUACCUCCGCCGAUCGCAGCCACCUUUCCUCACAGACAUGGCAUUGCGUGUCUACGACCACAUCAAGAGCGAGCCGGGUAGCUUGGACUUCCUUCGAGACGCCACUCUCGCUGCCAUCAAGGACUACUACACGACCUGGAUGUCCAAGCCUCGCUUCGAUGAGGCAUCUGGUCUCUCACGCUACGUUCCAGGUGGCCUUGGUGUCCCGCCAGAGACCGAGGCAUCUCACUUCGUGCACGUUCUCACACCGUACGCGGACAAGCACGGGUUGGACUUCAAGGAGUUCGUGAACCAAUACAACAGCGGCCAGAUCAAAGAGCCAGAGCUCGAUGAGUACUUUCUCCAUGAUCGCUCUGUGCGUGAGUCCGGCCACGACACAUCGUACCGUCUUGAGCGGGUUAGUGCCCACCUCGCCACGAUCGAUCUCAACUCGUUGCUGUACAAGUACGAGGCCGACAUUGCACGGCUCAUUCGUGCGUUCUUUGGAGAUCGUCUGACCAUACCAAAGGAGUGGCAAGCUCCAGGAAAGGAAAACUUCGAGACGUCAUCCACCUGGGACCGCCGCGCCAAGAAGCGUCGCCAAAUCAUGGACAAGCUGAUGUGGAACGAAGCCAAAGGCAUGUACUUUGACUACAACACUGUUGAAAAGCAGCAGACUGGCUAUGAGAGUGCCACCACAUUCUGGGCCAUGUGGGCUGGUGUCGCCACUCCUCGUCAAGCUCAGGUUAUGGUCGAGAAGGCCCUGCCUCGUUUCGAGGUGCACGGAGGAUUGGUCAGUGGUACCGAGGAGAGUCGUGGUCCGGUCGGUGUGCAUCGACCAAACAGACAAUGGGACUUUCCUUUCGGCUGGGCUCCUCAGCAGAUCCUCGCCUGGACCGGUAUGCUUCGCUACGGUUUCGAAGAAGAGGCUCAGCGCCUGGCUUACCGCUGGAUCUACAUGGUCACCAAAGCCUUCGUCGACUUCAACGGUAUUGUGGUGGAGAAGUACGAUGUCACUCGGCAGGUAGAUCCACACAAGGUCACUGCCGAAUACGGCAAUCAAGGCAGUGACUUCAAGGGCGUGGCUACGGAGGGCUUCGGCUGGGUCAAUGCUUCCUACAUCUAUGGUCUGCAGAUCAUGGACACGCACAUGAAACGUGCUCUGGGCGCCGUCACGACUUGGGACACUUUCAAGCGUAUGACUGAGACGCAGAGCGGCUUUGACGCCUUGUUGCCUGGCCAUGCGGAGUCUCACGCAUCUACCUCGCCUUCAGGAAGUCACUACCUGGGCACUCCUGGAUCGUCUGACUCCGGACACAACGAUGUCCAUCUGGCCGCAGGGAAGCCGACCGUCUUCGUCAAAGCCCAGGUGGUCGACCAUCUUCACACCGUGAACGAGGGUGAUGACAAUGAGCAGCAGCACGUCACCAUGGAGCUGCCCAGGCACCAGGAGGCGAUGAAGAGCGAAGAGUGGGUCAAGCUUGACGAGGGCUUCGAGCAGAACGACGAGCAGAACGACGAGCAGCAUCGUCAGCACAAAGACCGUCACCACCAUCAUGGGCACCACCACAGCAGCGUUAAUGGCGGCCAUGAAUAG